UAGAUGCUAUGUUAAGUGUGAUGCUAUAGUUGUAAUUAUGAUGCUGCUCAUUUUGACAGUUGACGAAUAUUCCAUCAUGUUAUAAACACAUGCAAAACUAAUUUUGCAGGUUGGAGCACAUCUCCGACUAGACGCAUCAUGUGUGGAUGGUGCUAUCAUAUGGGGUAACUCAUGGGGUGUGCACUUCUUACCUGAUCUCUAUCAUGCUACUGUUACUUUGCCUGAAACACUGGCCAGACUGAGAGAAAGAAAGCAGCCAGCACGUAAAGUAGUUGCGGAUGAUGUGUGGCUGAAAAAGGACCUCCAUAAACAGAUGGUGAAACAACAAAACAUACAAAGAGGUUCAAAGCCAGCACGUUUUAACCUCAGUCAAUCAACAGCAAUUAUAAAACAUAUACAUGAUUUGUGGCAUGGCACAGAACCAGAUAAGGCUGUGUCAAUGGCUGUGUUCUCAGACGGCUCUUAUGAUGUUCCUCCAGGUUUGAUGUUUACAAUGCCAACAGUGUGGAAAGAUCGCUCAUGGAAAAUCAAACAGCUUCCCAUUGAUGCAUUUGUGGAGCUGAGUAUCAAGAGGAUAGUGCGUGAAAUUGAGGCAGAAACCAAGAGAGUAAUGAAGGUUUGGGAGGAGGAAGAAAGGGCCUACACUUCUCUAAAGACUCAAGACUGAACUCAAAUUAAUGUUUUGUGCGUUUUGUUCUAUAUUAUGAUGUGUUCAGCGUUAAUAGCUAUUCAUGUGGUG